UCAGGUUAAUUGAAGUAAGAGGAUAGUAAAUAAUUGAAUUUUUUAAAAGUUGUUAAGUUAAUUAUUUAUCGAUUAAUUAAUUGCAAUGAUUAUUUAAUAAAUGCAAUGAAUUUAAUGUGAAAUGUUUUGAUAAAAAAAUCCUCCUAUCAAAUCACAAACAUGUGAAAAAAAAAAUAUUACGAAAGCAAAAAUGUUCUGCAUUCUGGAGCGAUUCUUUCCAGCACUAAAACGAUCAAUUCUCCACAUAAAAUUCCGCCAUGUAUGCACAACAUUCGUGAUAUUAAUGAUAUUACAAUUCUUCGGAAUAUUUACUCACAUAUUCGAAGUAUCAUUCGAAGACAAUUUCUCAUAUCCUUACGAAGGCGAUGUGUCGUCAUCAGUAGAGGCUCUGAAGCACAACAAGAAGCCCGAAAUCGAGCCAAUAAAUACUUACAAUUACGAUUACAUCCAUGAUAUCAAAGAGAACUGUAUUGAUAACGACUAUCAUACACUGAGAAUAAUAUUUAUCGUGAAAUCAGCGAUCGACAAUUUUGAUCGACGCAACGCGAUAAGAAAUUCAUGGGGUCACAAGAAACGUUUUUUCGACGUACCAACGCGCACUGUCUUUUUAUUGGGCAUCAAUCCAAUGGAAAAUAAAAAAUUACAGUCAAAAUUAGAUGACGAAAUAAAAAAACAUAAAGACAUCGUUCAAGGAAAUUAUAUCGAUACUUAUUACAACAAUACAAUAAAAACAAUGAUGGGGUUAAAAUGGGCAGUUAACUACUGCCUGAAUUCAAAAUUUUACAUGUUCGUUGAUGACGACAUUUACGUGUCUGUUAAAAACGUAUUGAGAUUUAUAAGAAACCCGACGUCUUAUCCAGAUUAUCUACAGGAUCCAAGUAGAAUCGGUGGACCACAUAAACGUGAGAUACGCGAAUCUGAUGUGCCAAAUUUAGUUAACCAUUUGCCAAAUAGUAAUAGUUCUAAUUCUAUGAAUAAAACGAGUACUGAUAAUCAAUAUAGAUACCAAUUAAAUGUAACUUUGAAUAAUGAGAGUUUAAAUAACGAUAGUGAUGGGGGUUUAAUUAGGAAACGUAGACAAGUAUUCGAUUUUGAGCUACCGAAUGACGUAAUGCUAUUUGCUGGGUACGUAUUUGUAUCGUCACCACAUCGUUAUAAAUCGUCUAAAUGGUACGUUUCGUUAGAUGAGUAUAAAUAUGACAUGUGGCCACCGUACGUCACUGCGGGUGCGUAUAUAUUGUCUAAAGAGGCGCUUAUUGAUUUGUAUUACACGAGUUUUUAUACAAAACACUUUAAAUUCGAUGACAUCUAUUUGGGUUUAGUGGCGAAGAAAGCGGGCAUUGAACCUUUUCACUGUGAUGAGUUUCAUUUUUAUAAAAAAGAAUAUACUAAGUAUAAUUAUAAAUAUGUUAUUACGUCACAUGGCUACGGAGAUCCUGCUGAAUUGAUGCAUGUGUGGAAUGAACAAAAAUCAUUAGGAAAUGCGUAAAUUUGGGUUAUGUAACAAAAUAUCUACGACAAAAUAUCCAAAAACAGAAACGUCACUAAAUGUCUGCAUACAAAGUAACCAAACAAAAUAAUAUGUGUGUAAAGUAUAAUUUUAUAUAAACAUAGUAUGUGUAAAUUAGGGAUCAAUUAUCAAUCAGAAAGCACAUAUAUUUAUCGAAAUUAAUGUAUGGUAUUUUUUAGAAAUAGGUAGUACUGAUUACUGUUCUGCGCAGUAAUCGACGAAUAAAGAAAAACACAUUUAAAUGUGAUUGAUUGAUAUUAGAACAGGAGUAAAUCAUUGCUUAACACGUACACGGAAAAUAAAUUGUAGUAAUGGCAACAACAACUGAGUUCCAUUUACCACAGGCUGUAGUAUGACAUGAGACAACUCCAAAUUGUGGUUAGAUUUACUACAAUAUUGUAGUUAAGCGUCAACUAUCGAAAAAAGUAAGAUAUGCCACAGCAUGCGGUAUUUGUAACUCCAAUUGUAGUUCAAUUUACUCGAUAUGCGGUUACGUAAAAAUAAACGGUAUAUAACCUCAAAUUUUUAGAAAUUAUUUUUAAAAAUCACUUAUUGAGUUAUUUGUAUAUACUAAACAUGGUAAUUAUUUACAAAUAGGGUCCACCCAUGCUGGGCCAUGUUAAAUUUUUUUUGAUCAAAUUGAUCAGUUUUUUUUUUAAUUGUUCAUUGUUUUAUGUACAUUAAAAAAAAAAAAUACAUCAAUAUUAUCAAAAAAGAUAAAAUAGAAAUUUUAUCCAAAAACAUGAAAGCCAAUUUUUUUUUCCAACUUUUAACGGCAAAAAAGCUAUCGAAAUUUUUAUUUUUUUUCUCACGACCUUUUUUAUCAUAAAUGCGCCGUAAGAAUAAGCAGAAUAAAAAAAAAAUUUUAAUUGUUAAUUUUUGGGUUUUAAAAAAGUCAGAUGAUUAUUUAUGAGACGCUUUAAUAAUUGAAUAUACACAACAGAUUAACCUCAAAGUGGCGAAAUAGCGGGAAGUGCUCCUUCUGUAGUACUCUCAACUCCUGCCUGGAGUAUUUGUUACUGCAGGGUGCAGUCGAAUUAACCGCAAGAUAGGAGUAAAUUCAACUUAUUAACUUAGUAAAUUUGUCGCUCUUAAAAUCGAUCAGAAGAUUAUUUUUUUAGGAACUCGGCAUAAAAAUGGAAAUAACUAAAAGAGAAAUGCAGAAUUUUAAAAAAAUUUAUCAGAGAUAAUUUGUAGGAAAUAAAAUUGUCUAUAAAAAAAGUUCUAUGACAUUUUAUGAUUAGUCCGAUAGUUUCGGUGGAAAAUUAAAAAGAUCUCAAAAUUUACUCUAACUUGACUUCAAGUUCCAAUAUCUUUUUAACAGAUGAAUUUAUCAAAAAAUAAUAAGAGACUUUUUUUGUAGAGCAUUCAAUUUCCUACAAAAAAUUGUUUCGAGAAUUGCUGAAUUCUCAUUAGUUGACAUGGUAUAAAAUUCAGAACGAGUAAAAACAAGUUCUUUGGAUUUUAUCAAACUUUGACGUCGGAUAUUUUGUGAAUGCGUGAAUUUAUGCAAAAAUCAUAGAGGACCUUUUUUCUAGAUCAGUAAAUUUGCUACGAAAUCUUUAAAAAGAGAUUUCUUGUAUCUUGAUUUUUUCAGAAGUUAUGUAUUUUUCACCAUGUUACUAAAUGAAAAAUCGAAAAUUAUCAAUAGCCACCUCUAAAUAUCAAUAUUAAGAGCUCAAAUUUUAACUGUCACCAUAUUUUAAGACACCCAUUCGAUUUUUCAAAGUUCAUCAAAAAAAUAAAAAUAGCCCCCUAAUAUGAAACAGUCUAAUAUACACUUUUCAGAUUUUGAGAGUAACAUCCUCAAAUUCUUCCAAAAUAAUAUGUUAACAUAUACCAAUAAAAACUUGUCUACGGAUAUUUUGUCGUAGAUAUUUAGACGGAGCACCUAAAAUCAUUUAUCGUCUAUUUGAUGAUAUUUUAUUUACAAAAAGUCCAUGACUCCUAGGACCAAUAUCUGUGCGUCUUAUUUAUUUAAAAAAAAACUCGGCUUUGAGACAAAAUAGAAUUUGUUUCGUUUUUUUUUAAGCCAUCUUCAAGUUGUUUCUGUUUCUGUUUCUGAUUGAAAUUAUGAACAUUAAAAUAUCAGUUCGUAAUAAAAAUCAAUUAAGAAAUUUUUUUUACUUGAGGCAUAAAAGACAUUGUUUGAUAAUAGUUUAUUUUAGACUGUACACAAAACAAAAAUUUCUUGGUAUGGCGCAAAAAAAUUUCCAUUAUGAAAUGAAAACAAAAAUUGUCCUAAAACUAGAAAAAAUUUCUUAGGGUUAGUAAAAAUUUUUUGCUAAGAAAUCCAUUUUUUCUCUGUAAAAAAAAAUAAUUACGACUAAAAUCAAAACUUUGUAUCAGACUCCAAAAAUGCAUUUGAAGAUACUUAAAAAAAAUAGAGUUUUAAAAAUUUUUUAAAAAUUCUAUUAGUUAAUUAUUUAAUAGAUAUAAUAGGAAAAUUUAGAUAGAAAAUAAUUUAAAAAGUUUACUUAUGAACAAAAAAAAAAACUCUCUGAAUUGCUUAGGAAAAACGAAAUUAAUUUAAUAAUUUAUUAAUUUUAUUUAAUUAGUCGAUAAUUAGGCAAACAAAAAUAGGAAUUUGAUACUAUACUGUGAUGAAUAUAAUUUUUAUAUGAGCAAUUUCAAUAUUAGUAGAUGUAACGACCAAGCGAUAUUCAAAUACUCGAUAAUAAAUUAUAAUUUGUAACUACAAAAUCAUCAAGUAUUUUCAAUAAAAAAAAAAAAAACUGUUAACUAGACAAAUAUAGCAAUACUUAAAUGUAAUUGGUCUCAAUCCUAAUAAUGAAUUUUUUAAUUACUAUGAACAAUUACACCAUAGGCUAGUGAUAUAUUUAUGUAAAAAUGGUUUAAAAUAUAUUUUAUAAAAGUC